UUUUCAUUUGAGAAUUCAGAAGUACUUAAGUGGGCAAUUUGCGAGAGCAGCAAGCCAGGGCGUUCAACCUCCAGUGAACGGUGGGUAUUGCAUUCUACAGAACAAUAUGCGGAAAGCAUAAUUGCUCGGGCUGGACUUCAAAAGCCUUCAAAUGCAGCAUUAACAGAAAUUGCUGAAGAACUAUUUCAAGAAUUUCAGAGAACUGGACUUGAUAUCUCUCUCCCAUUCUUCAAGAAAGCUCAUAGAUGGGGAAGUGCUUUUCCAGCAACAAGUGUAUCAAAAAAUGAAAAAUGCAUAUGGGAUGCACACAAGAAAUUAGCUAUUUGUGGUGACUUUUGUGUGAGCCCAAAUGUUCAAGGUGCGAUCCUAAGUGGAUUUACUGCUGCUGCAUCUAUAUUUUCUGAAACAGUAAGUCGUUUAUAGCGAUAGUCAAUCGGUCAAACUUAAUUAUUAUUGGUAACUGUCAUCUUCUAUCUGUUGAGUUGGAACUUACAAAUUUGUAUAUUGUAAUUCUUUUAUGUAAUAAUGGCUGUUGUAAUACACAACAGAAAACUUGUACUCUUUAGUGUCA